CAGAUGGCCGUACAUUCGAAUAGCAUUCCAUUCCUCCUCAUAUUGGCUUUGGUGGCCAGCGGGAGCCAGGGAGCCAAUAUUCUGGGACUUUUCACCAGCUUGAGCCCCUCGCAUUUGGUCAUUCAGAUGUCGAUGGCCAAGAUUCUGGCCGAGAGUGGACACAAUGUGACAGUGGUCACUGCCCUGAAGCCGCCUCUUCUGCAUCCGGCAGUCAAUCACAUUCAGGUGACGCUCGAUGAGGCGGACGGCAAGUCCUUUGGCGCCCUUGUGGCGGACAUGGCCAAGAGGGACACCAGCAAUGCAGUCAUUUCCAUGCUCGUGGCGAUGGGAUCAUUGACCUCGGCCUUUGGCAAAAUGGCGGAUGUCUUGAGGCACCAGAAAGUGAAGGAUCUGUACGAGCAUACCGACAAUCACUUCGAUUUGGUGAUCGUGGGAUACUUUAUGAACAGCCUGCAGCUUUCGGUAGCCCACAAGUUGAAGGUGCCACAGAUAGUGGCACUCUCCAAUCCACCAUCACUGUUGGGCUCUGUCUUGGGUAAUCCCUCGGAGAUUUCCUAUGUGCCAUCCAUGAAUCUCAUUGUGAAAAGAGGUCAACCGAUGACCUUUGUCCAACGCGUGCAGAACAUAUUUGCUACGAUGGGAAGUUGGAUAUUUAUGCGUGUGAUUGAGCAUAAUAAUGACAAGAUUUACAAAGACCUCUAUGGCGACGAUCCCUUGAUGCCACGAUAUGAGGAUCUGUACAAAAACAUCUCCCUGAUACUCUUCUCUUCUCAUGGCAUCAGUGAGGGACCCAUCCGACCCAAUGUUCCUGCUGUGAUCGAAGUGGGAGGCAUCCAGGUCAAGGAUCAGCCAGAUCCUCUCCCCGAAAACAUAGAAGACUUCCUGAACAGCGCCUCUAGUGAUGACGGAGCCAUCUUCCUGAGUCUCGGCUCCAACGUGAAGGCAGAACACAUAAAGUCCGACACCGUGCAAAAGAUGUUCAAUGUCAUCUCGAAACUAAAGCAAAAGGUCAUCUGGAAGUGGGACAAUCUGGAGAAUACCCCUGGCAAAUCGGAGAAUAUACUCUACGCCAAGUGGCUGCCGCAGGACGAUAUCCUGGCGCAUCCCAAGAUCAGGCUCUUCAUCACACACGCGGGCAAGGGAGGCGUCACCGAGGCCCAGUACCAUGGAAAGCCCAUGCUCGCUCUUCCCGUGUUUGGCGAUCAGCCAGGAAAUGCUGCGGCAUUGGUCACCCAGGGCUUUGGGCUUAGUCUCAGUCUCCUGACCCUCGAGGAGCAGUCCUUCCGCGACAAUAUCCACGAGAUCCUGGAGAAUCCCAAGUACAAUCGAGCAGUAAAAGCUUUCUCCUCCCUCUACCGCGAUCGUCCCCUGAGCGCACGUCAAACGCUCCUCUAUUGGGUGGACUAUGUCAUCCGCCACCAUGGUGCCGCACAUCUCCAGAGUCCCGUGGUGCACAUGGGAUUCGUAGCAGCCUAUAAUUUGGAUAUUUAUGCCUUACUUUUGGCACUACUAUUUAUUAUUUAUUUGAUUAGCAAACUAGUGUUUUGUGCCAUUUAUAGGAAACUUUUUUCAAAAAAAUCUAAAAGUCAUCCAAAACAAAAAAGCAAAAAGCAAAAAAAGCAAUAAAGCUA